AUCUAUGCAGGACAGCACGGAGCAGGGCCCCAAGGCUCGCCGAAAAACCAGUGAAAGUGGGCUUGGAAAGCAGAGAAAAAUAUUUUAAAAAUUUCUUAACGGACUAGAAGAUUUUUAAUAAUUUUUAAGACUUGAAAUUGAGCAAGUGAAAAUUAAAAUUAGUUAUUUAAUAUUAUUUGGCGGCCUGAGAAAAACAAAAUCAGCUGCCUGGGCGCAGCGGCUUCAGCUGCUCAGCGACUGCGCCGAAUCCGAAAAUCCGUUGGCAGCAGCGAGACUUGGAGACUUGUAAACACUUUUAGGCCAUGUGCUAAAAGCCAGCUCCACUCGCUCUGCCCCAGCAACUGCGUCAGAGAUUUCAGCCAAGAGGCAAGAGGCAAGAGCCAGCAGCCAGCAGCAAAGGUAAACAAAAACCUGUGCGCGUGUUUGCAUCAAUAAAACACCGGCCGCCCGAGCAACGUCAAGGCCUUUUGUCCGCCGCGUGACGUCAUCAUGGCUCCUGGCUGCUGCACCACACGCCCACCCGCCCUCCUCGCCCACAUCUGGCGUCACUGCAAGCCGCUCUGCCUGCUCCUGGUGCUGCUGCUGCUCUGCGAAACGGUCCAGGCCAAUCCAGAUGCCAAGCGACUCUACGACGACCUGCUCAGCAACUACAACCGCCUCAUCCGCCCCGUGAGCAAUAACACGGACACGGUGCUGGUCAAGCUGGGCCUCCGGCUGUCCCAACUCAUCGAUUUGAAUCUCAAAGAUCAAAUUCUAACGACCAACGUGUGGCUGGAGCACGAGUGGCAGGAUCAUAAAUUCAAGUGGGAUCCCUCGGAGUACGGCGGCGUCACCGAGCUCUAUGUGCCCUCCGAGCACAUCUGGCUGCCCGACAUUGUGCUCUACAACAAUGCCGAUGGCGAGUAUGUGGUCACCACCAUGACCAAAGCCAUCCUCCACUACACGGGCAAAGUGGUCUGGACUCCGCCAGCCAUAUUCAAGUCGAGCUGCGAGAUUGAUGUGCGCUACUUUCCCUUCGAUCAGCAGACCUGCUUCAUGAAGUUCGGUUCCUGGACCUACGAUGGUGAUCAGAUCGAUUUGAAGCACAUCAGCCAGAAGAACGACAAGGACAACAAGGUGGAGAUUGGCAUCGACUUGCGCGAGUACUAUCCCAGUGUGGAGUGGGACAUCCUGGGCGUUCCGGCCGAGCGGCACGAGAAGUACUAUCCCUGCUGUGCGGAGCCGUAUCCGGAUAUCUUCUUUAACAUCACGCUGAGGCGGAAGACCCUCUUCUACACGGUCAACCUGAUCAUUCCCUGCGUGGGCAUCUCAUAUCUUUCGGUGCUGGUCUUCUACCUGCCCGCCGAUUCCGGGGAGAAGAUUGCCCUGUGCAUCAGCAUCCUGCUGUCGCAGACCAUGUUCUUCCUGCUCAUAUCAGAGAUUAUACCCUCCACCUCGCUGGCACUGCCGCUGCUGGGCAAAUACCUGCUGUUCACCAUGUUGCUGGUGGGGCUGAGUGUCGUCAUCACGAUUAUCAUACUCAAUAUACACUACCGGAAGCCGAGCACCCACAAGAUGCGCCCGUGGAUAAGGUCGUUCUUCAUCAAGCGACUGCCCAAGCUGCUGCUGAUGCGGGUGCCCAAGGACCUGCUGCGGGACCUGGCGGCCAACAAGAUCAACUACGGCCUCAAGUUCAGCAAGACCAAGUUCGGACAGGCGCUGAUGGACGAGAUGCAAAUGAACUCCGGCGGCUCCAGUCCGGACUCCCUGCGGCGGAUGCAAGGUCGCGUGGGGGCAGGCGGGUGCAAUGGCAUGCACGUGACCACGGCCACGAACAGAUUCAGCGGCCUGGUGGGGGCUCUGGGCGGCGGAUUGAGCACCCUGAGCGGCUACAACGGACUGCCAUCCGUGCUGUCCGGCCUGGACGACUCUUUGAGCGAUGUGGCCGCACGCAAGAAGUAUCCUUUCGAGCUGGAAAAGGCCAUCCACAACGUCAUGUUCAUACAGCACCACAUGCAGCGGCAGGACGAGUUCAAUGCGGAAGAUCAAGAUUGGGGCUUCGUGGCCAUGGUCAUGGAUCGCCUGUUCCUCUGGCUCUUCAUGAUCGCCUCCCUGGUGGGCACCUUUGUGAUCCUUGGCGAGGCUCCGUCGCUGUACGACGACACCAAGGCCAUUGAUGUUCAGCUAUCCGAUGUUGCCAAGCAAAUCUACAAUCUUACCGAGAAGAAGAAUUAAAUUCAAGCGGAGAAAACCCUAAGCCUAAGACAAUUUCCUAGUUUAAUGCAGUGUUUCAGCAAAAUUGAUGCGAAUGAAAAUUAAAAUUAAAAUACGGUAUAAUAAAAACGUUGGCCCGAAAGCAGCCAAGCAAAAUGCUGAAAUGCAAAGCGCUCUUUUCUCAGUCCACAUUCGCAGAGCGGGCGAGCUGCAUGCCAGGAAGGUUAAAGCAAAAAUUAUUACAAGAAAAAUGCUAUGGAAAAUACUCGUACGUAAGAGGAUGCCAACGGCUUUGCACGCCCCCCUUUCCGCCGUCCCACGCCCCUGCUUUUUCCCCUGUGGCUGUCAAAACUAUUUGCCAAGCAUGUGUAUCCAACAGCCAGCUGCUGCUGCAACCCGCUUUUCCCAUUUUCCCAUUUACCCACUUUGCCAGCGAUUCGAGUACGAGAGAGUAUGCCUGGCCUUUUAUUUGAUAACUGGAAAAUUAACCUUUUGAAAAUGCGGCAAAUGCGCAGGCAACGGAUGCCAACUCAUGGGGAAGACGACGUCGAGGCACCGAGCUUGUGGAACUAUAAGUUGAUAAUGAAGGGUGUGUGCAUGUAAUCCACUAUAAUCGUUGGGUUAUUAAAAUAAGAGCAACCAAAGACUCUUUCCGAGCAGCCAGCCAACUAGGAUAAUUCCCCGAAUAUUCCAGCAGCUCUAUUUGGGAACCGUAUUUACAAAAGCUUUGGUCUUAAGUGUGCAAUAAAUAGGA